AUGGAUGCAGCGUACACGACAGAGCUUACGCGUAUAUGGUACCGUGUCGGAGGAGGCAAGUGCCCGCCGGCGAGCGAAUUCCAAGACUUUAAGCCACCCAAGCUACGUUUAAAUAGCCUCGGUCAACUAGUGUUCUAUUCGAAAACGAACAGGAGGUUGAUGAGGACGGGGACGGGGACGAGGACGGAGACGAGGACGGAGACGAGGACGAGGAUGAAGAAGAAGAAGAGAGAAUCAUGGCAUGCCAGCUUAGCCAUGACGAUCUCGAACACCAGGCCUGGGCGAAUGUUGCGGCGCACCGCAUGGACCAAUAUGUGA